AUGAAUUCCAUUGUAACGAGAUACACCUACGUCGUGGACCUACUCCAAGAUCUGGUACGCAACCAAUCCAACAAUCCAACAGUUUUGGUAAUCUGUUCUACCCGAGAGGACUUUCUUGAUCAGAUAAUAUCAGGGCUGCAAGCGCGGUCGGAUGAUCCAGCAACGACACUGCAUCACGAUGGGGACGGGGAUCAGGAGGUACCAAGUCGUAGUGCGUCCGCGCCAGAUCCAGACUUCUUAUCUCCAGUCUUGAGCGCUUUGAAUGCCAGCCGGCUCAUCAAGUUGGCCUUCUGUCCUACCAUUUCCAGUUUGAGGGCAUACUUUUCAAGCUGUGGCGCCACAUCAAUGGCGCCGACUUCAUUCAAAACGACAGACCUCAUCAUCCUUAACCUAGUUGGCCAGCACCAUGGGUCAUCGGAGUUCACAUUUCAGGGUCUCUCACAAACACUUGCCACCGUCGUAUCCGCCGGCAUGAGGAUGCACCAGGCGGUGCAACUGGUUGAAUGCAAGGAUGUGAACGACCCAUCGAACGCUAAUUUCGGUUCCACAUUGUGGAGUGCAGAGGUUCCAUUGCUUAGCAUGUCUAUCAAGAUAGGCGAGGACGGCGCAAGAUGGGGCCGCCGAAGCGUGAGAGUGCACAAGAUUGCCAGCCGAUGGUUCAGAACGGAAAAGAGCACUGAUCACAACAAGGCAAGCGGAGCAGUGACACACCGUGCCGAAAUCCCAGAUUCAGAAGAUGAAAUGCUUAUUUGA